UCAUAAAUGAUUUACUUAAAGUAGCUUUCUUUAUACAUGCAUUAUAUUUGACUAAAGCUACAAGAUAUAUAAUGAGCGAUUUUUCUUAAUGAAUAAUGUUUUUCCUCAAGUUUUUAUUUCCUUGAAAAUUAAACCUGUGACCACGCGUUAAAAUAUUGUUUCGCAUAAAUUUGUGUAAAACAACACUCUUCUCACUGAAAUAAUAUUAUUGCGCACCGACGGUAGCGUUGACUCUUUAUAUAUGGGCAUCAUUCUUUCCACAGGUUGGUUGUAAACUUCGAAUCUGUUUGUUUUAAAAACAGUUUUUUUUUUUUUUCUAAUCGUUAGGACAGCAGAGAUUUGUAAUGAGAGGGUUGGGAAUGAAUAAACUUCGUCUCUCCGUAAACCGUAAUGUGUCGUAUGUGCUAAUUAUUUCUGCGUUAUUUGUCUUUAAUAACAACAAUUUGUAUAAAUAAUACAUCUUGCGUAUGCCGCAACAUCGAAGGAACGACGCUUAGAGGUUUAAGCAAAAAUGCGUCUUUCUACGCGCGUUUUUGCGUUAGCCGUCGCUGUGAGCCGGGCAAGAUAUACACAAUUUCGAUAUAUAAAUAAUACGCGGAAGUUUAUCUGCUUUAUCGUAUCCUAUAUCUGUACGAAUAAUAAUAUAUAUACUUUUUUUUUUUUGGCACUUACUAAUUAAAACCUGGGCCAUCUUAAGCAUAAGACGAAAAAAAAAAAAACGCGCGGCGGGAGUUCAAACGCCGAUCUCGCGCUCGAGAAUUCUCUCCUUCCUUCCUUUCUCGCUGUUCUCCGCCGUUUACUCGAAUUCUUUUUCUUUGUUUCGCGAAACCGUUUCGAAGCGAAUUUCAGGAAAGCGAUCUUUCCCGCCAGAAUGUCCGGAAUAGUUCAAUACGUCGUGGUGCGGGGAGAUCUCUUGAAGACAAUGGGAUGGCCAGUUGGCGCCGUGAUCGCUCAGGCUUGUCACGCGUGCACCGCCGUCACACAUCUCUAUUAUAAUGACGCCCACACGCAGGCUUAUCUCGCCGAUUUGGACAAUAUGCACAAGGUUGUUCUCGAAGCCGCCGAUGAAGCGAGUAUGCGGACGCUGUGUUCGAAACUCGAGGAGGAUCUCAUUCAGCACAAGAUGUGGAUAGAACAGCCUGAGAACAUCGCCACGUGUCUCGUAACGAAGCCCUACCCGAAGGAUCAAGUGCAGAAAUAUUUCAAGAAGUACAAAUUGCUCAAGCUGUGACGGCAAAUGUAAACGUUUUCGCAAUAAAUCUUUUUUUUUUUUACGACGACAAGAUGGACCGUCAUCUCAUGUUUUUAUAUCGAGUCGAAACGAAUCUCUUCCUCCUCGUCCGUUUCAUCCCUCGCGUGACUUACGUAUAUAUGUAUUUAAAAAAAAAGGACACAAUUUUUUGUGACCUUUACUAAAAAAAAAAAACAAAGUCGAGACACGAUUAAUAAUCGAAAUAAAAAUUAUAAUAAAUUAAUCUGCGAAUAUUCUGAUGACGAACGAACGAGACAACUGUCGGUUUUAGUGGGACGCGAAAAAUUGUGAAGAAUCGCGCGGCAUAACUUCUAUAUUUCGCUCUGUUUUGAACGGGGCGGAUCAAUGCGCCUGAGAUAAGCCGGCGUUUCGCACACGUCUGUCGAACGUAGCGUCUGACUGUCGAUAUUCCGACGAGCUAACACCUCGGCUCUAUCUUUCUCAUCUUUUUUCUUUUAUUCUAGUAUUUUUUUUUUUUUUUUUUUUUUUUUUUUGUAUGAACAUCGUUUUGACAUGUACGGAAAAUAUUUGCGUGCGGGACACGGGCUGCAAACGUCCGCGAGAGAUAAAAACGAGAGAACAGCCUCGACGCGGCGGUCCAAUAUUGUUCUGUAUGACAUCGAAGAAGAUAUACACUUAUACUUGAUUUAUUUUAACGAUACCUCGGAAAGUAUUGACAAAGUGUACGUGUGUGUGCGCGUGUGUGUGUGUGUAUGUGUAUAUAUGUACGUACGUACAUAUAUACAUAUGUACGUGUGUACAAAGUCAGUACUUUUUUCUUUCUCUUAAAACGCGUUACAGCUCCUAGCGCGAUACGAUUCUAAUCUAGACGGGACGUAACACGCGGAGUGCGCGCCACUAAUCAAAACUAGUCACAUAUCAAAAAAUGUCUCUCUCUUUCUCACACUUUUUGUUUUCUUAUUUGUGAACAUCAACGCGCGAGUUUACAUCGUUGGCUCUGUGGCAAAAAUCUCUUCACAAGUACGGAUUAGCUGAGAGGCGGUCUGAUUGCACAAAAAUCGUUGAGAAUACACGAGAGUUUUGUAACAAAUUUUCAAGAACAUCUGUGUGUGUACAAGCGGGCAAUUCAAUGAUCUUAAAGUAUUGUAUCGUGAAAAAGAAAUUUUUAGAUGCGCUUCAGCCCGUGACUGAGAGCUAAUCCGUCAGCGCGAUGUUGGUUUUUUUCCUUCUUCGUCCGUACGUCGUCGUGCUUGUUCAAGAAUAUCCGCGAAGAGAGAAUAUUCUUCUCAGUUCGUCCCAAAAAUCCUCAUUCGAUUUAGGAAACGUGUUGCCUCGCACCGUCACGUAUGUUCCCGAAAACGUGUUUUUUUUUUUUUUUUUUUAGCAGUCCUCCGCUUCUUUUCUGAGAUUACCUCUUCCCCGGUCGCACUCCACAAUGUGUCUCUUCGUGGUAGUUUUAAAUAUUUUCCAGAUCUUUUUCCUCUAUUUUUUUCUCACACGUGAGGUGCAAAAGCCGCGCACUUGGAAUCGAAAGUGGUUAUCAAUUGCGGAUGAUAUCGAUCACCGUAUACUUGUGUGUGUGUGAUUCGCAGUAAGCUCUAAUUACUUUAUGUACACGCACUGCGGACGCUAGACACUGUAAGUACACAUAUUUACAACACUCGAUGGCAAGAUGUAAUUAUUUUUGACGUUAUAUAUAAUAUAUAUAUAUAUUUAUAUAUAUAUAUGUAUAUUUUUUUGUGUGUUUUAUAACGCGGUCGUCGUAACGAGACGGAGGCGGGAACAGAAGAGAGAUGUAUGAUAGUUCUUAUGAAAAAAAAAAAAAAA